GAUUAAGGAAGAAGGAUGAGGAAGAAGGUAGACGAACGUAUCAGGACUCUAAUUGAGAACGGUGUCAAACUAAGACACCGUUCCAUGUUUGUCAUCAUCGGUGACAAGUCUCGUGACCAGAUUGUGAAUCUCCACCAUAUGUUAUCAAAGGCAGUGAUUAAGUCUAACCCUAGUGUCUUGUGGUGCUACAAGGACAAGCUUGACAUUAGCAGUCAUAAGAAGAAGCGUUCAAAGCAGCUGAAGAGAUUGAGGGAGAGAGGACAGUUGGAUCCUGAGAAGCUUGACGCCUUCUCACGUUUGCUUGAUGUUGGAAGAGUUACUCAUUGCUUGUACAAAGACUCUGAACGUAUUCUUGGAAAUACUUUUGGCAUGUGCAUCUUGCAGGAUUUUGAAGCUUUGACUCCUAAUCUACUAGCAAGGACUAUAGAGACUGUGGAAGGUGGUGGGAUGAUUGUGUUGAUAUUACGAUCACUUACAUCGCUUACUAGUCUAUGCACCAUGGUUAUGGAUGUCCAUGAUAGAUUCAGAACUGAGUCGCAUUCUGAGGCUGCGGGUCGAUUCAAUGAACGUUUCCUGCUGUCAAUUGCUUCAUGCAAAGCAUGUGUGGUCAUGGAUGAUGAGUUGAAUAUAUUGCCUCUUUCCUCUCAUAUUAGAUCUAUUACUCCAGUUCCUACAGAAAUGGAUUCCGAGGGGCUCUCUGAGGCAGAAAGGGAGCUGAAGAAUUUGAAAGAUGAGCUUAGUGAUGAUUUUCCAGUUGGUCCUUUAAUCAAGAAAUGCUGUACACUGGAUCAGGGUAAAGCUGUUGUCACGUUUUUUGAUGCAAUUCUGGAUAAGGCUCUUCGCAGCAUAGUUGCUUUGAUUGCUAGUCGAGGGCGUGGAAAAUCUGCUGCACUUGGUUUAGCUGUUGGUGGUGCCGUAGCUGCUGGGUACUCAAACAUUUACAUUACUGCUCCAAGCCCUGACAACUUGAAAACAUUCUUUGAGUUUGUUUGCAAAGGUUUUGAUGCACUUGAAUAUAAGGAGCACCUUGAUUAUGAUGUUGUGAAAAGUGCGAAUCCUGACUUCAAGAAAGCUAUUGUACGGAUAAAUGUCUUCAAGCAGCAUAGACAAACUAUCCAGUAUAUACAACCUCACGAGCAUGAGAAGCUCUCACAAGUAGAGUUGUUGGUUAUUGAUGAAGCGGCAGCUAUUCCUUUACCAGUUGUGAAGUCUUUGCUUGGUCCUUAUCUAGUUUUCCUAUCCUCAACUGUCAGCGGGUACGAAGGCACUGGUAGAUCUUUAUCACUGAAACUCCUCCAACAAUUAGAUGAACAAAGCCGGGCUCCAGCCACUGGUCUUGAAGGCUCUCAUUCUGGUUGUCUUUUCAAGAAGAUAGAACUUAAUGAGUCUAUUAGAUACGCUUCUGGAGAUCCAAUAGAAUCCUGGCUUAAUGGCUUACUUUGCCUUGACGUUGCUACUAGUCUGCCCAAUCCUUCAUGCCAUCCUCUGCCAAGUGAGUGCGACCUCUAUUAUGUCAACCGAGACACGCUCUUUUCUUAUCACAAAGAUAGUGAAAUGUUUUUACAGAGAAUGAUGGCGCUAUGUGUAUCUUCUCACUACAAGAAUUCUCCUAAUGAUCUUCAACUACUUGCGGAUGCUCCUGCCCAUCAUUUAUUUGUGUUACUUGGUCCUGUUGAUGAGUCCCAGAACAAGCUUCCUGAUAUACUCUGUGUUAUCCAGGUCUGUCUUGAAGGACAGAUAUCUCAGAGCUCAGCUCUCCAAAGUUUAAGAGAUGGCCAUUCACCAUAUGGAGACCAAAUUCCAUGGAAGUUUUGUGAACAGUUCCGGGACAUUGAGUUUCCCAAUCUCUCUGGUGCUCGCAUUGUACGCAUAGCAGUCCACCCUAACGCAAUGAAGGUAAUGUAUUUUCUUUAUGCGCAUCUUUUUUUAACUGUCCAAUAUUUUGAGGGCCAGAUUUCUCCAAUAUUAGAAGAAACUAAUGAAGCUAAUAUUGUGCAUUCACCCAUUAGAGUUACUGAGGCUGCUGAGAAGGUCUCCAUGCUCGAGGAGCAAGUAAAGCCUCGCACAAACCUUCCACCUCUACUCGUUCCACUCAAUGAACGACGACCUGAGAGGCUCCACUACAUUGGUGUCUCCUUUGGUCUUACUUUGGACCUGUUCCGGUUCUGGAGAAAGCAUAAUUUUGCUCCUUUCUACGUUAGCCAAAUCCCAAGUGCUGUGACUGGUGAGCACACAUGUAUGCUUCUAAAACCGUUAAAGAAUGACGAACUAGUCGUCAACGAGUCCGAGGAGUUGGGUUUCUUUGCUCCCUUCUAUAAAGAUUUCCGGAUAAGAUUCUCUAAGCUGUUGAGUGAUAAAUUCAAGAAGAUGGAUUAUAAACUUGCAAUGAGUGUCUUAAACCCUAAGAUCAACUUCACAGAGAAGUCAUCAGACGGAUUCUUGAAGACACUUGACGGUAUACUUUCUCCAUUUGAUAUGGAGAGGCUCAGAGUAUUCACCAACAACAUGACUGACUUCAAUCUGGUUUAUGACAUCUGCAAAACACUGGCACAUGAGUAUUUUGAAGAGAAGAUCCCUGUAUCACUGUCAUAUGUUCAAGCAUCUGUAUUGCUGUGCUUGGGAUUGCAAGAGUCAGAGUUCUCUGGCAUUGAGAGACAAAUGCAGUUGGAGAGGGGACAGAUACACUCUCUUCUCUUGAAGGUCUUAAGGGAGUUAUACAAAUAUCUGAACGGGAUUGCAGCUAAGGAGAUUGAAUUAAGCCGCCCUCGUUUGCAAAGGAGAGUGCUUGAACCUCACGAUGUAUCUGUCGACGAUGAUCUCAGAGAAGGAGCAAAACAAGUUGAGGAACAAAUGAUGGAGGAGAAGACUGAAGGAUCAGUGGAUGCAGAGCUUGAACAAUAUGUAAUUGGAGACAAAGAAGCAGAGGCUCUGAAACAUUCAAAGAUCCCUGCAAGUGGUAUUAUCAGUGUUGAGUCUACCAAAUUGGAGGAUCAAAAUGGUUCUGAUCAUUCCACCAAAAAGAGAAGCAAGGAUAAGCAUUACUCUUCGUCCAAAUCCAAAUCUGCCAAGAAGAGAAAAGCCUGA